ACUCGAAGGGAGUAUCUCCUGUUUGGCACAUGGACUCAUGUAGGGAUACUGUAUGUAUAACUGCUUUUUUUCAUAUGAUUUUAAAUUAGUAAUUUUCCCUCUGUCACUAACAAUUCUUCGGAGAAUUGUUGAACUUUUCCCGCAUUCUUUUUAACUUUAGUUUUUCAUGUGAUGAAGAAUGUGCAGUUUCUUCUCAUUGUAGAUGGUGAUGCGCACUUUUUUUUUUUCAGUUCUGCUUUCUUUGAAGCAUGGAGAAUUGUUUCUUCAAAGAGUUCAGAUGGCUGGUUUGUAACUGUGAGUCCCUGUGGCCUGAAGAAUGAGGCUUUAUGGUUUUCUCUUAUAUUACCCGCAGUGUCUUGAGUUUCUUUGUGCUGUUGUCUUUAUAGUCCAUUUGAAGUUGGUUAAGUAAUAGUGUUACUAUGGGGUCAAAAUUAGGCAAAUCAUAAUCCUCAGAGACCAACAGAGAUACCUGACAGUCAUCCAUAGCAUUGAUAUGUUUUGUAGUCUUCUUCUUAUCAUCAGGUAUUUUCUUAUUCAGCCCAACAUGCUCUUCCUUUGGAACAGGAAAUGGCUGUUUAUCAGCCUUCUCACACUUGAUAUGUAGAAUGGAUACAUUUUCAGGACCAGUAUCAGAAGCUGCAGCAGCAGCAGCAGCAGCAGCUGCAAUGUCACCAGCAGCAAAAUUGCUGUCACAUGAUUUUACUGCUAUAUGUAUUUCAUUUCUUUGCUAUGCCUUUUUUCUUUAAGCUGACUGGCAUGAUCUUCCAUACAUCCUUCUAAGUGCUCUGUUUAGAACUGAAUCUUUCCUUUAAGUAGUAGGUGUGAACUAAGGACAUUCCUUUGGAGAUUCUUCCAUUUCACCUCUUGUCAUAUUUUCACUCCUUCAUUCUGUAGGCCCAGCUAAAUGACCUACAUCUUCCUUUCUAGCCAGUGAUGAAACUUUUUCAGUUUAUCUCUUUGUUCACUGACAUCAUUUCUUUACCUGGUUCUUUUCUGCUCUUGUCAUGUUUUCUCUUUGAUCUACAGGCAAAGCUGAAUAAAUCACCACCUCCUGUGCAAGGCUCAGAAUCAGUCACUGAUCAAACACCCUUAUGGAUAGCAUGCCUUCUUGAUUCUUCUGUUGAUACUCCUCUACGUAGAUCUGAUAGGCAUCAUCUUCCAUACAUCCUUGUAAGUGCUCUGUUUAGAAAUGAACCUUUCCUUUCUAUAAUUGGUGUAAACUGAGGAGGAUAUUCUUUGGAGAACCUUUCAUUCCACCUCCGGUCGUAUUUUUACUUCUUUGUUCUCAGGCCUAGCUAAGUGAUCCACAUCUUCCUUCCUAGCCAAUGGCUCAACUCUUUCACUGCUAUCACACCUUCUUUGCUCUUCUGUUGAUGUCGCUUCUUUGCCUGGUUCUGCUUUCACUUGUGCAUUUGACAUUUUUCACUGCCAUAAGGACUUCUUUGCUCUUCUGUUGAUGCCAUUUCCUUGUCAGUCUCUUUCAUUUCUGCUUUUUUAGAUAGGAGGUUCGUAUUUUAUUUUUCCAGUGGUAUCUUUACAAUUGAAUAUAAAGGCCUGCUUACACAACAAAACCAGGUCCUUUAGGUGGUUCAGUAAAAGAAGUGAGACCUCCAGCUUGCUCACAAGAGAAACGUCCACUCCUUGGCCCAGGUUUCGGAAUUUUGCAAGCCUUGAGCUCAUCAAUGAUUUCUUCUAUAUCCUUGGGUGUCGGAUCCUCAGUGUCAUUUAUUUGAACCAUUGGUGCGUUUACACAGGCCCCUAAACAUUCCAGUUCUGUAAGAGUGAAAAGUUUGCAGGUGUAGUCUCCCUAACCUUUAUUCCCAGCUUUUUCUAAAUGGUCUCCAGUAUGCUGUCAGAAUUUUGAAGCAUGCAAGGUAUAGUAGUGCAGACUUGAAUGUGAUACUUUCCAGCUGGCUUUUGAUUAUACAUUGUAUAGGGGCUGGAGAGGUGGCGCAGUGGUUAAGAACACUGGUUGUUCUUGCAAAAGACCCGGGUUCGAAUCCCAGCACCCACAUGGCAGCUAACAACUGUCUGUGACGUCAGUCCCAGGGGAUCUGACAGCCUCUUCUAACCUCUGUGGGCAUUGCACGACACGGGUGCACUUACCUAUGUGCAGGCAAUACACGCAUACAUAUAAAAAAAUAAAAAACAUUGCUACUCCAUAUACUUUGAUUGGAGACGCUUUUAAAACUUCAGCCACCUUGUUCAUAGCAGAGAUGGGCAACCAUCCAUUCUGCCUUUGGGCUAAAUCCAAGACUGGAAGCACAGCUGCUGCCUUAUGCCCUUCAGGAUAGUUUUUUUACAAUUGCCUUUAGCCGCUUAUAGUUUUCUGGUGUGAAAUCAAAUGGAGUAUCUGGGUUAUUCUCAGGAGUAUCUCUGUGUACAAAUAAGGCUCCUCCAGCACCAUUUUGCACAGCUGAUUCCUUGUAUGUCUUCCCCACUGCUCGGGGAGGCCACCUUGGCCUGAAGUAUCAAGGAGAACAUGGAGGGCCAAACCGUUCGCUCUUCCCAGUGGCGCCGAGUCUGUCUCUGAGCUCAGAAGGACAGUGUCUCAUUUCUGCUCGUUACAUUUUUUUGUCUUUGAUCUGGAGUCACAGCUAAAUCAACCACAUCCUCCUGCACAGGAGUCUCAGACAACGACUGUACACUUUGGUGGUUGUCAUCCUUUCUUCCUCUCUUGAUGUCACGCUUCAUGGUUCUGAUUGGCAUGUCUCUUCCAGCAUCUUAGCUGCUGCUUUGUUUAGAAAUGAACUUUUUCUUUUAACAGUAGGCUUGAACAGAGGAGGAUAUUCCUUUGGAGAGUCUAAAAAUACUUUUAUUUCAUCAAUUGCAGUAUUUUCUCUUCUUGGCAUUGCAGGCCCAGGCAAAAGAUCCUUAGACACAGGAACUGGUUCUCUGCUUCUACAGCUAUCAGACCUCCUUUGCUCUUCUGUAGAUGUCGCUGUUUGCCUUUCACUACUGUACUUGAUGUAGUUCUGUUUUUUGAUGCAGAGCUCCAGCCAAAUAGCCCAUAUCCUCUGAGGCGCACUGAUAUUUUGGGAACAGAUAAAGACCAACCAUUUUCGCUUUUCCUUGGUUGCUGAACAUAUUUCCCUUGGUCUGAAUUUAAUGACUUGAAAUUCCUUUGUUUCAUAUUUUCAUUGCUAUCAGUCUUUUCCUGGUCUUCCUUUGAUGACAUUUCUGUGACUCGCUCUACACAAAAAUCUGAUGUGAAUGGCUGUAACCUUGUAUUUCUUCAUUUGAGGUACAUUUUUACACUUUGGGUAUAGGUUUUGAGGGAGGCUUUCUCAACCCAUGCAAGCAUUCUUUCUUUUGAAGACCCAGAUGAAUGAUUUACACGCUUCUGUGAAACCCUCUCAAAGAUUUUCUUGGCCUUGUAGCUGGGCAGGUUGCAAAGAAUGUCGGUAGGCAGAGCCUCUUCUGUAGGCUUCUGGUGCUCAGGCUCCCCGACACCUCUCCAUGCGGGCAGCAGUAACCAAUGCUUGCACACCAGGGCGCAGCUCCACAGCUCCCACAAGUCCAGGUAGAGCACCAACUCCAGCACCUGGCUGCCCCCCCCCCAACUAGCCCCACCCGAGGUAUCCCCCACUUCAAGGUGCCACCAUCGCCUCACUGGCUGACGGGAGGGCCGCUGCCUCCCCACCUCAACCCGGGAGGCCUUACCUAGAGCUCCAAGCAGCCGCUCGCUGCCCCUCAGCCCCGGCUGCCUGCACCUCCACAGCUCCAGCCCCACCUUGGGGGUUCGCCUGCUCCGCCUCUCUGAGGGCGGACUCGACCGUCUCAACUUGGCCUCCCUACGCUGGCCGCUCCUCGUUGCCGGUGAAGGGCACGCAGCAAGGGCGCAUGCCCAGCCUAUUUAUGACUUUUAUACUUUGUCGUGGCCCUGGCGCCUGCCUCCUCCCUGGCGGUAAGGGGUGGGGCUGUUUUUAAUGUCUCGGUUUUUACUCAUGUAUAAAGUCAAUAAACACGAUCAUUUGUUAACUGGGAAGUUCACAACCUGAAGAAGAGUCGCUCAUAUACCACCCCCUUGGGCCAGCAGCGGGCUAGAGCCGGGCUUGACUUGGGGAGGGGAGGGGCGGGGCCUCUGUUUGCGGGCGUCAUGGCGGAGGCGGCUCUAGACGCCAUGAGGAGGGCACUACGAGAUUUUCCGGUGGCUGCCCGCGACCUCAGUGUACCUUUUACUGUGCCCUACCUGGAUGAGCCCCCGACUCCACUCUGCUUCUACCGGGAUUGGGUGUGCCCCAACAGGCCCUGCAUCAUCCGCAAUGCUCUGAAGCACUGGCCAGCCCUCCAAAAGUGGUCUUUCUCUUACUUAAGAGCCACAGUGGGUUCCACAGAGGUAACUGUGGCUGUGACCCCAGAUGGUUAUGCAGAUGCUGUGAGAGGGGACCGCUUUGUGAUGCCUGCUGAGCGCCGCCUGCCCCUGAGCUGUGUGCUAGAUGUGCUGGAGGGCCAGACCCAGCACCCAGGAGUCCUCUACAUGCAGAAGCAGUGCUCCAGCCUACUCACCGAGCUACCCCAGCUGCUUUCGGACGUUGAGUCUCAUAUACCCUGGGCCUCUGAGGCACUGGGAAAGAUGCCUGAUGCUCUGAACUUCUGGCUGGGUGAGGCAGCUGCAGUGACAUCCUUGCACAAGGACCACUAUGAGAACCUGUACUGUGUGGUCUCUGGUGAGAAACACUUCUUGUUACAUCCACCCAGUGACCGGCCCUUCAUCCCCUAUGAGCUCUACACACCAGCUACCUACCAGCUGACGGAAGAGGGCACUUUUAAGGUGGUGGAUGAGGAAGCCAUGGAGAAGGCAAAGGUGCCAGGGACAUGCCUGCUCACUGUGCGUGUCCUCCAGGCCUAUGGCCUGCCUUCCAAGGACCUAGUGACACCUGCUGACUGCUAUGUGACUCUGUGGCUGCCCACGGCCUCCAGCCACAUACUCCAGACACGCACAGUCAAGAACAGCAGAAACCCCAUCUGGAAUCAGAACUUCCACUUCCAGAUCCACAGGCAGCUCAAGAAUAUUGUGGAGCUGAAAGUCUUUGACCAGGAUCUGUUGACCAAAGAUGACCCUGUGUUGUCAGUGCUGUUUGAUGUGGGGACACUACGAGCUGGGGAGUCUCGGCGCCAGAGCUUCUCACUGAAUUCGCAGGGUGAGGGACGGCUGGAAGUUGAAUUUCGGCUGCAGACUCUGACAGAUUGUGCAGAACAGCUCAUCAGCAAUGGCAUCCUGGUGGCCCGGGAGCUCUCCUGCUUGCAUGUUCAACUGACAAGGACAGGAGCCCCACAGGGAUCAGAGGGCAGAGUUCAACUUGUGGUUCCUGGGGCCUGUGAGAGCCCACAGGAUUUCUCUGUGGGCACUGGCUCUUUCAGAUUCCAUAGUCCGGCCUUCUGGGAGCAAGAGCUGAGCAUUCAUCUGAAGGAUGACCCCCAGGAGCAAUUGAAGGUACCACUACGAGCCCUGCCCUCUUCACAGUUGGUGACACUCGUCUUCCCCACAUCCCAGGAGCCACUGAUGAGGGUGCAACUGAAGAAGGAAGAAGGACCAAGGGAGCUGGCUGUGCGACUGGACUGUGGGCCCUGCCCGGAAGAGCAGGCCUUCCUAAGCAGGAGAAAACAGAUGGUGGCCACAGCCCUGAAACAAGUCCUGCAGCUGGGCCAAGACUUACAGGAGGACGAGAUCCCAGUGGUCGCUGUUAUGGCCACUGGUGGUGGGAUCCGGGCAAUGACUUCCUUAUAUGGGCAUCUGGCUGGCCUCAGGGAGCUAGGCCUUUUGGACUGCAUCUCCUACAUCACUGGGGCCUCGGGCUCCACCUGGGCCUUGGCCAACCUCUAUGAGGAUCCAGAGUGGUCUCAGAAGGACCUCGCAGGUCCUACCAAGUUGCUGAAGACUCAGGUGACAAAGAGCAAGCUGGGUGCACUGGCCCCCAGCCAGCUGAGGCGAUACCAGCAGGAGCUGGCUGAGCGCGCUCGCCUAGGCUAUCCGACCUGCUUCACCAACCUAUGGUCCCUCAUCAACGAGGCACUGCUACAUGAUGAGCCCCAUGAGCACAAACUCUCUGAUCAACGGGAGGCCCUGAGUCGAGGCCAGAACCCUCUGCCUAUCUACUGUGCCCUCAACAGCAAGGAGCAGGGCCUGACGACCUUUGAAUUUGGGGAAUGGUGCGAGUUCUCCCCCUACGAAGUCGGCUUCCCCAAGUAUGGCGCCUUCAUCCCCUCUGAGCUCUUUGGCUCUGAGUUCUUCAUGGGGCGGCUGGUGAAGCAGCUCCCUGAGUCCCGCAUCUGCUUCCUGGAAGGUAUCUGGAGCAACCUAUUUGCAGCCAGCCUCCAAGACAGCCUGUAUUGGUCCUCAGAACCCAGUCAAUUCUGGGACCGUUGGGCCCAGGAUCAGGCCAGCCUGGACAAAGAGCAGGUCCCCCAUCUGAAGAUCGGAGAACCACCCACAACAGCUGGCAGGAUUGCUGGAUUUUUCACUGACCUCCUGACAAAGCGACCACUUGCCCAGGCCACCCAUAAUUUUCUGCGUGGCCUCCAUUUCCACAAGGAUUAUUUCCAUCAUCCUCACUUCUCCACUUGGAAGGCUACCAAACUGGAUGGGCUCCCCAACCAACUGACUCCCAUGGAGCCUCACCUCUGCCUGUUGGAUGUUGGCUACUUAAUCAAUACCAGCUGCCCACCACUUCUGCAGCCCACACGGGACGUGGACCUCAUCCUGUCACUGGACUACAACCUCCACGGAGCCUUUCAGCAGUUGCAGCUCCUGGACCGCUUCUGUCAGCAGCAGGGCAUUCCGUUCCCUCCUAUCUUACCCAGCCCUGAGGAGCAGCAUCGGCCUGGGGAGUGCCAUGUGUUCUGUGACCCUGCCCAGCCAGAAGCCCCAGCAGUGCUGCAUUUCCCUCUGGUCAACAACUCCUUCAGGGAGUACUCUGCCCCUGGGGUACCACGAACACAGGAGGAAAAGACAGCUGGAGAAGUGAAUCUGUCUUCUUCUGACUCUCCAUACCACUACACAAAAGUGACCUACAGCCAAGAGGACGUGGACAAGCUGCUAAGCCUAACGCAUUACAACAUCUGCAAUAACCAGGAAAGGCUGCGGGAGGCCCUGUACCAGGCCGUGCAGCGGCGGAGGCAGCGCAAGCAGCGAAGGCCCGAGUGACAGCUGAGGCACCCUAGCUGGGCUCCGUCUGGCCCAGGUCACCCUUGACCCUUUAACUCCUUCCCCUUCUGCUCUGAGUUGGGGAUUAGCAUCACCAAGUGCCCCAGAGCCUCUGGGAACUCUGAUGUCCAGGCAUAGUUCCACAAAGCUGUGUGUCCAGGAGCCCCAGAGAGGAUAUUGAAGCUACCAGCAGCCUGUCACAGAGUCCGCAAGCAGCGGUGGGGCCAUCCUUCAGGGGACUAGGAGUGGCCUAGUUCAUGGCUGCAGCUUGACUGGGAGUCCCCACCCAGUGAACGAGAAUACCCUUCCUCUUGGGACAGGGGCAAGACUUGGGGCUCAGACAUUUUAUAGCAGCUGAGGGUAGAUAUGGGGACUAAGUAGCCU